CCGCGACAAUCUGUGGAUCGCUUACAGCUUCACACGCUUCAACCUGUUUUCAACCAACUACCGAGAACGUUUGCUAAUGCAAUAGCUACGUUUUCACUGAAGAAACAACUAAAAGCACUUUCGUGAUCUCCGGCCGUAACUGUUGCGCCAUCGAUGUCGAGGGAUAUCCUGGCAGCGUGCUGUUGGCCAACGGCAGGAUACUCGUCACAUAACACCGGCGAUAUACCGCGCAACACCGUGAUACAGGAACGAACCGAUACCGAUGGAAGUUUUCUGAUUGCUACGCUGCUGACCAACUACCUCAAGCUGUCGGGCGAUAAUCAUGUCCUGCUGUUUGCAACACACCAAAAUAAAGCGCACUACAUCAGCGCGUGCCAGAAGUUAACAUUCAACACGGCUGCCGCCAUCGAGUCUGGGACUUUGUGCAUCGUCGACAUGUUGGCCGAACUGUACGACGAUUGCAACACCUCAUGUCCACCAUCGGCAAGCGGUGCUAGGCUGCUGCAACUCAUCAGCGAGCGCGUAGCUUCGUACUCAAAGCGCAACACCAUGGUCAUCGUUGACGAUCUUGGUUUCUUCACGAAUCUUCAUCCGACCGGAGAAAACGAUGUGAUAGAUUUCGCCGAAGAUUUGCUUUGUCGAUCCUAUCAAGCUAUUCAGCACAUUGUGGUGAAGGUCAAUGUGUCGGAAUGUUUCAGCCGGCUCUGUGCCUACAUUGGCGACAUAGCGCAGGUAGCCAUCACCCUUGAGCCGCUUGCCUCGGGCAACUUCCGGGAGGUCGACGGUCGCUUAACGGUUUCCCGCUUGGCGGGCAGUGGACACGAUUUGACAACGUUGCGGGAGCAUCAUAGAACGUUACUGUACAAGGUUUGUGACCGACAGAUCCGGACCUAUGCGCCGGGAGAGCCGGGUAUUAAAAACUUGUAAAAAUAAACGCCCCAUUGGCCGGGAGCCAGCA